AAUCAUUCACAAGCAAGGACAGAAAGGAAGCCCUACAGAUAAAAGGCACUCCAUAGAGAUUUAUUGUCAUGGAAAAUGACACUGAUGAAGUUUUUUGACCUGUGACUAUUUUAUAACAAAAUAAUUUUUGUAAUAUAGAAGUACUGUGGUUCUUUCCUAUUCAAUCAGACUUCAGAAUAAAUAUUUUGGCAUUUGGCUAACGCUAAGGCAAGAACUGAUCAGUAGUAUUUUCUGUCAAGAAACUGCCAUUGAUGUUGGAAUUACUUAAAAGACCUGUUGAUUUUGUGGCCUUAGGGCCAUUAUGACAUCAAACUGUAGCUAAAAUUAAUCCAAUGCAACAAGAAUUUCAAGACCAGCAGCACAAAAAUGAUGACUUAACUGAAUGGGACAAGAAGGCACAUAUUUUCAAGAAGACCUCUUUAUUUACAGAGUAAAAGUUUUCUUCCAAGAUGACUAGUAGUGCAAACUCUGAAGACUCUUACGUGCCCUCCAGAACAAGGCAUUAUGGUAUCUCUUCCUGCAGAAGUUCUAAAAUAGAGGUCAACUACUUGAAAGAAUUGAAUGAGGAUUUAAAGCUAAGGAAGCAGGAACUGCUAGAAAUGCUAAAACCUCUAGAAAAUAAGAACAACCUCUUAUUGCAGAAGUUAAUGUCCAACUUGGAGGAAAAACAAAACAGUCUGCAGAUCAUGAGGCAAAUCAUGGCAGGGAAAGGGAGUGAUGAAUCUUCAGUUAUGGAGCUCAUUGACGAAGCAGAGGAAAUGAAACAGAAUCUGGAAAGGAAAAACAAGAUGCUUUGGAAGGAAAUGGAGAUGCUAUGGAACAAGACAUUUGACACAGAUGAAUACAGAGAUCAACCAAAAACACCACAGAUAAAAAAUAAGGCAGACUCACAAGAUGCAAAGGUUCCCCAAACCCUCUUGUCAUCUAGGAAAAUCAAGAAUGAACUGGACACAUCAUGUGAACUGAAGGAGAUGAAGAAGGAAAAACAACAGAGGAAAAUGGAAUGGAUCAUGUACCAGGAUCCAGUCAACAUCCAUCAGAAUGACUUUCAUGGCAAGGUGAUAGAGCUGAGAAUUGGAGCCUUGAAGAACUACCAGAAGGCCAAUGACCUGAAAUUAUCACUGUACUUACAGCUGAAUUCUGAGCCAAAGCAAACAACUUUUAAUCUCCCUGGGACCCAAGGUACUAUGGCAACUACAACUAUUGGCAGAGCAGCUACCAGCAGAAAUGACUCUAAUAUGAAGAUUUCUGGGAUCACAGACUACAGGGCACAACAAGGAGCUAAAGGAAGUAUGUUUGAUGAGGUAGGAAAGGCUCCUUUUUCUGAGGCCCCACUAUCAGCUGAAACACUGAAAGUUGAGAAGACUUCCCUCCAUUUGCUUUGGACAGAAAGGCACUGUUAUUUGUGCUAAUUAAACUCUCAAACUUUUGUUUUAGUGCUGUUUCCCAACUCUGUUCCCACCAAACUGAAUGGAAAUACUAGUUAGAAGGUUGGCCUUAAAACUGUUAAGAAUUUAUUCAUUGUAAACAGUCUCUGAUUAUUUGGUAGCUUUCGAUUUUGAGAUGAUGGAAUUCAAAGCAUGUUGUAUGCAACAAGACCAUAAAAAGUUGCUCCUCCCU